GAGGGCAGAGGGCAGGAGGGAGGAGGAGAGGAAUAAAACGUGACCUGAUGCACUAGGUGUGGUCCUAUUUAAAAAUGGCUUUGGCAGAGUUUGAAUACGUUUGAUUUGUAGGCUUGUGUUGGGUUGGGUUUUCGUGCAUUCACCAGGAGGUGGUGCUGUGAGGACAGGAGCCCAAAGACUCUGCCUGUUUAGUGCUUAGCAAGACUUGAAAUAUGGCAGCUAUGUAGAAGGCAGCAGCUUCAAGGUUGUUGGUGGUAUUUUGGGAAUGUUGUUACUCUCUAAUUUAGUAGUCAAGUUGAACCACGCUUCAAAAAAAUCUGCUUAUUCAUGUGGUUUUUUUCUAUCACAGCCUCAGCAACGUGGAAAUGCUGAAUUUUUGUGUCAGAAAUGGAGGCUACUAUGCAAUGGCCAGUCUUUAUCUACAAACCUUUUCUGCUCCGACAACAGGGUAAUAAUAAGAUAAGCUCUUUUUUACUGUCAGAUACGAAUGGAAUUUCCACCUUUCCAGUAUUCCCAGCUCUGUGUCUGUGUCACGCCUGAUGCAGCUGUAUGCUGAACUGCUGUCCGUCAUGUCAAAGGGGCAGCCCUGAGUCACGAGGUGGAGUGGAAAGCUUGGCUAAGGGCCAGCACCAGUCGUGUUUGUUAGUGGAGUUUUGGACAGCCAUAAGCUACAUGCCAGGCUUGUUUAGUUUUUCCCAUUUGCUAGGAAUGGGAAAUGCAGGAGAGCUAAUGCUGGCUAGUUCAGGUCAGUGUUGGCCACUUCUCUUUCUCUGACUGUGCAUCUUGUAUCACACCGGUCCAUAGAAGACCCAGAGUUCUGCAUUUGGAAAAGCAAAAGUAACUGUUUGUCCUGCCUAAAUCAGACUAACCCAGAGAUUCUGACUUUUCCAAACUGUAUAAUAGCACAGGGAAUGCACCCAUUGGCAGUCUGCAGAGGCUCUUCUCAAGUUUUUCUUGAUACAGGACCUUAAAUCAUCUAAGGAACCCAUCAAACAAACACGAUGCAAUGAGGUCCUGCUCUAAAUACCACUUCAGUCGUUACUUCAGCUUAUCCCUUUUGUGUUAAAUGUUUCUUUUCUGCACAAACCACAUCACUUUGCAUGGGCUGACUGCCACUGUGAGUGAGUGUGCACAGGUAGGUAGGUGAGGUAUAAUGGGUGCCUGACUUAAUACUGCUUUGUAUAUGUACACACAGCUAAAGGAGGAAACUACUGUGAAAUGCAGGUCUCAGUAGCAUUCUGUUCUUUGGGGUGGUUGGUACUUUUUUGAUGCAGAAUGAGACAGCUUUCUUGCAGCGAGGGUGCAUUGCUAAUUUAUAGACUGCAGUGGGCUUGUUGGAGGGGGAGGAAGUGUCUCAUUUAGCCCGAUAGACCUAGAACUACAGGGCUGAUGCUGUGACUGAUAAAGUUGACAAACGGUCCAGGCCUAAAUGUCUCAUGGAACAUCUGAUACCUCUUGUUAGUGAGUGACAAGAGUUGGGAGAAAGACUGUUUCGAAGCAAAAUGUUUUUAGUUCCCAGGUUUUGUGGCCUGGUUUGUGUGACCCAGAAGAAAUCCUGUCAGACAGAGCCUGCGUCUCUGCGCCUGAUUAACAGCUUUCUCAUUGCAGCAGAGAUGCUCUUGUGCUUGUGGUGCACUUCAUCACCACACCAGAAAGGGUUGCUGUGGGAAGGGACAAUGGAUCAGGCAGUCAGUGCUUUGGACACUGUAAUUCCUUGGGUUCUGCUAUUCUCAGAGCUUUGGUUUGAGGCUUUGGCUGCUGGAGACCUGGUUAUUUUGUUAGCCCACAGCCUUCAUCUCUGGGAUGGGCUGUUCACAGAACACAUCCAGUCCCUUGUACAUAAACAUGACGUAUACCUGAGUCACUCUGGUGACCCGUACUUUUAUAAGGGCAAGGAUUAAACUCUUAUUUAUGCUGCCAAUCAUCUAGAAAUUCUGACUUAAUUUUUGUCUUGUAUAUUUUGUCCUCUAUGUCAGGCUGAUGGUACCCAUAAAAGCAGGGUGGUUCUACUGCCCUGUGCUGUGGUACCAUGAGAAACCAGUAGAAGGAGCAGAGAAACUGAGAACUGGAGUGAGAUGGAUGCCAUAAGGAUGCCAGCAGACACAAGAAGUGCUUUUGUGUGACAAGUUAAAGCAGGAUGCUCAUAAACAAGAAGCUUGCUAUUGGGUGUAAGGAAGUACAGUGGUGCUGUCAUUGCCUCUUCUAUGUGUGAACUUCACAUGAUCUUUACAUGCCAGUAUCUGAAUUGUAGAUAUAUACAUGCUCCUGCUCUCACACUAAAUACAAAAGUGAGUAUUUGAUUGCUGAAUAGCUUUUUAAAUGUAUGUUAAUCUACAUAUGUAUAUAUAGAUAGAAUCAUAGAAUGGCCUGGGUUGAGAAGGACCAUGAUGAUCAUCUAGUUUCAAUAAAUAGUAGAUACAUAUGUAGACAUAUACAUCGUGUGUGCAUAUAUAACAUGUAGACAUAAGUAAAUGUGUACUUCAUACUGAAGUUGGUGUCAGAAAUCAGAGGGUAAUGUUGCACUUCUAUUGGUAAAGUGGAAGUUAACAAGAUAGCAUUUCUGCUCCCCUCUGCCUGGUCCCAGACCAUUAGUUGUACAUACAAGCAAUCUUUUGUCCACGCACCUGCAUCACAAAUGCAUGUGAUAAGAAAAAAAAAAGCUUGAAAUUAAAGCAUCACAGAAUUGCAAGCUGGAACACACUGAUUCAGGUUAAAACACACAUUUUUUUAAGUCAAUCAAUCAAGUCAGUGAUUGAAAGUACCCUCUGCUUUACUUGUAUUCUUUAUAAGUAUAAUUCCCAAAGAUGCUUUACAAGUCAAACUGAAGUUACAGACUAGCUGUAGAAAAUACUGGGUUGGGUUCUUAAGGCUGCGUAAUGGAGAGGGUUGAGCUAACUGACCAUAAUGUUUCCUAUUGGUCUUAAAGUUGUUUGAAAAGCCUUUUUUUGUUGUUGUUUGCAUUGCUCUAUAACCAUCGUGGUUUUGAGAAUUGACUGAGAGUUCAUGUUGUGCUCAGCAGGGAGAGUGAGGUAAAGCAAAGCAGACCACAGGCCAAACGAGAGACAAGUGAGACCGAAGAAGGAACCAGAUGGCACAUAAAGCCUAAAAUCAUGUGAUAGAUGAAAGAAGGAAGAUAAGAAUGGAAAUGUGUCUCUCUUGGUUUGAAAUAAAUUUUCCACAUGCUGAUCUUCUUGAGCAAGCAGCCGGGGAUCACUGUCUUGUGCUUGCUGUUGCAGUGGAAAAUGGCUACAAGAAAUCAGGGGGAGAAGAAAGAUGGGCUAUGUAGCUUGCAGCAUGAGCUGGCCCAAACGAAGACCCAGAUGAAGCGACCAGUCUCCUCUUUUCCUUAGUCACAAAAGCCUGUGUCCCCCAGUGCUGCCCUAAAGGAUCUCUGCACAUGACUCAAACACCACAGGAAGAAGUUGGGCCUUCCUUGCUACUUGUGUCGACCCUAGUGCAUGUUGUUAACUCGUGGGCCCUGCAGUAAGCCCAGAUCAUGCUCUGCGGCUCAGCGGGAUGACAGUAAAGUAAAGAAACGAGAUGCCCCAGCACUUUGCGAUCUUCGCCUUUGUAAGGAUGGGCCAAUAAGAAAUGGACACAUUGGGCAGAGGCCACCCCCAAUCAACCCUGAAAGACUGAAGGAUUUCGUUGAGGAGGAUUACCUCAAUGGGGAUGUGAAGACGUGGGAAAUGAAGAUCGUCAGCCGUAAUGAGGAGUUACUUGGGGAUGCCCUUUCCCUCGUCCCUCAGUCAAGCAGCAGGAUCAGCCUGUCCAGCCACAACAAACUGAUUCGAUUUGAAGACAUUAGUGCAGCAGCUUUCAAAAUCCAGUCUGGUGUUCAGAAAACCCCUUGCAUGUACUCCAGGCUAUCCAAGCUGUAUGGAGUUGACAUCUACCUAAAGAAGGAGUUCCUCCAGUACACGGGAUCUGUGAAGGAGCGAGGUGUACUUUAUCUUCUGACAUCACUGCCUCAGGAUCAGCAAAGGAAGGGGGUGAUUGUGGCUUCAGAUGGCAACUUUUCCAUGGCUGUUGCUUACCAUGCUUCAGAGCUUCGUAUCCCAGUGUUUGUCAUCAUGUCAACCAGCACUUCCCCUGCCAGAGUGAAAACGUGCCGUGAAUACGGUGCCAUGGUUAUAUCCUAUGGCACUACAGCUAAGGACUCCCAGAUGCAUGCAAGAAGGUUGGCACAGGAGAAUGGCUAUCUCUACCUGGAAGAGGAGGACAGUGCUGUGUACCUGUCAGGCCUGGGCACCAUGGGGCUGGAGAUGUAUGAGCAGGUGCCCAAGCUGGAUGCAGUGAUUUUCCCUGCAGGAGGCCACUGUGGCUUGUUGGCGGGCUCGGCUGCUGCACUCAAACACCUCAACCCACGUAUUUCUGUCAUCGGGGUUGAGUCUGAAAGCUUUCCUGUAUUGCAGCAGUCCCUGAAGGCUGGCCAUCCAGCUGAAGACCAGGCUUGCAACAACCACCACUUUUAUGGAGAUGUGAGUGGACUUUGCUUCGGCAGCAAUUCUUUGCAGCUGACUGGGAAGCUUGUGGAUAAGGUUGUUGCUGUGAGCGAGGAGGACGUCCUCAUUUCAAUGCUGAGAUUGCUGGAGUACGAGCGAGCCACAGUUGAUGCAGAAGGGGCCAUUGGACUUGCAGCACUGGUUGCUGGGAAGCUGCCUGAGUUGAAGGGUAAAAGAGUGGCGAUUGCUAUAUGCAGUGGAAAUGUGGACUUGCAUUUGCUGCAACGAUGCAUUGCUCGUGCCCUGACCCUUGAGAGCAGAGUGUGCAGAUUUUCCCUGGUGAUUUCUGACAGCCCAGCAGAUGUUUCAAAGCUACUGGAGGUUUUGGCUCGGGAGGAAGCAAGAGUUUUGGAUAUCAGACAGGAACGCACAUUUGUGACAUCUGAGCUCUUCACUGUUGAGGUCACCUGCACCGUGGAGACCAGAGACAAGAUCCACACAGCCCAGCUGCGGAACGCGCUGCUGGAACGCUACCCCACAGCCGCGUGGACGGAGCGAUGACGAGCAGCACGCAGACGGGGCUGAGGCCCUUGGACAAGUAUUUUGUGGAGCACUGAUCUUGAGGCAUUCGGAACAAAUAUUACCUUUCAAGGCUGAACGCUUAGCAAAUAGCUUCGGGAUAUUUAUUUCCUGCUCAAAACGUAGCGCAUGUCCUUGGAAAUAAAGUUUAACUCGGAACUUUAGCUUAGCUAAAGGCCACUUAAUAGUUUCUGCUGGUGUUGGAAUUCUCAGCUGGCUCACUUAUUUCUUAUUAGAAUGUAGAAUCCUAUGGCAUCCAGUAAAUAAAGAAGGAGAAGGCAUUUUUCUUCGUAUUUGAAUGUAGGCUCUUCAAUGCUGUUUUGACACUGAUGCCACUGUUAAAGUAAUGCAGCUUCUUCUGCUGAGUUUUCCCCUACCACUGGUACCAUCUUUUCUAUUUCCAAGCCAGAAGCAGUUCUUCAUUUGCUGAAUCUGCUUCAGAGAGGACAUAAGUGUGUGGGAGUGUGAAAGUAUUUAAGUUUGCGUAAGAACUCUGCUGUCGUGAAAAAAUAAUGUGCUAAUAAAAUGCAAUGUAAAGAAACUCUUGAAA